AUGUCCUCCUCCGGCAGCCUCCGCGCGCUCGCGGUGGAGACGACCGCGGACGAGACGACCGUCGUCCUCCCGCCGUCGUCCGUCCCCGGCGCGUCGUCGUCGCGGAGCAAGAAUCUGCGCGACGGCAACAUGUCGUUCCGGAAGUCUCCGGACAGCUGGCGCCUCAGCGCGGACGCGUUCGACACGCACAAGAAGACCGCGGAGGAGUUCCAAGGCUUGCGCUCGCGGAAAGCGAAGAGCGGCGUGAUGGCGUACUACCGCAAGCAAAACGCGCUCGUGGACCAGUUCGGGGAGAUCGAGACGCUCAUCGCGGCGACGGACGCGACGGGCGCGCCGAUCCUGGCGUCCGACGAGGACGCCGCGGAGAAGACCCGGGGCGACGCGAAGCGAGAGAAGCGCGAGGAGUUCGCGCUGCAGAUCUCGUUCUGGGCGAACGUCCUCCUCCUCGGGAUCAAGACGUACGCCGCGGUCGUGAGCGGCUCGCUGAGCAUCAUGACCUCCGCGCUGGACUCCUUCUUAGAUCUCGUCUCGGGCUUGAUCUUGUACCUCACCGAGCGGAACAUGAAGAAGAGCAACAAGUACAUGUACCCCGCGGGUAAGUCGCGGAUGCAACCGUUAGGAAUUAUCGUCUUCAGCUGCAUCAUGGGCACGUUAGGGUUCCAGAUCAUGAUCGAAGGCGUCCGGCAGCUCGUCGGCGAGACCCACACGCACCACCUCGAGGAUCUGUGGGCGGUGCUGGGCAUCAUGGUCUCGGUCAUCGUCGUCAAGUUUUGCCUGUAUUUGUUCUGUAGGAACAGUCAGAACGAGGCGGUGUUGACGUACGCGCAGGACCACAGGAACGACGUGAUGACCAACUCCGUCGGCCUCGCCGCGGCGAUCGCGGGCGACAAGUUGUACUUCUGGAUCGAUCCGCUCGGCGCGAUCCUUCUCGCGUCGUACAUAGUGUACAACUGGUCGUGCACGGCGCUGGAGAACGUCAAAGCCAUGGUGGGGGUCAGCGCGCCGCCGGAGUUUCUCACGCAGCUGACGUACCUCGCGUGGAACCACCACGAGGACAUCGUGUGCAUAGACACCGUGCGCGCGUACACUUUCGGCCCGAAUUAUUUCGUCGAGGUGGACGUCGUGUUGCCGGAGGAGAUGCCGUUGCGAAGGGCGCACGACAUCGGCGAGAGCUUGCAGAAUAGGAUAGAAGAGAUGGAGGACGUGGAGCGCGCGUUCGUGCACAUCGAUUUCGAGACCGCGCACUACCCCGAGCACGCGGAGGCGACGAGGGCGGACCGCGAGAGGCGGCGGGCGGCGGCGCGGGCGACGGCGAUUUCGCCGGGGUAGAACAUCGAGACGCGGUCUCUAGCUUUGUGACGUACGUACGAAAGGCACGCGAC